CAUGGCCUAAUGACUAAUCUCAAAAAUUCAACAGGUGUCCUUUACGGACUUAUACAUAUCCAUUCUUUUUUCAAAUUGGCCGAAGAUUUUGGAGUUAGCAUUUGAGAGUAUUUUAGUAUAAACGAAUGAUUAAAGAAUUGCAUUAAACUAAUAGUCAGUAAACAAAAAUGCUACAGUCAGCUAUUCAACGUGGUAAAUUUUAAUAUGUUUAUUAAUAAGUAACAUCCAUUACUUUACAUUUAGCAUACCCUCCUGAAUUGAAAAUCUUCAAGAUGAGCUCCAAGGGUUGGUAUUCAAAACAAGAUGUGAUAAAAGAUCUAGCCAAGGUGACUGGGAAGCGUGUUAAUGAUUUUGGUCAACAUUAUGUUGUGGGUACAGACCCACCACCUAUUUGGAACAAUGAGCAAGAUGAUGAAGAUCUUUCAAGAUUUUACGGGGGACAAACACCAACACAAACUGAUGACAUAGAGAAGCCUGAUUUGGUGGGCAUCACACAAAUGCUGAGAAUGGUCGACAACUACAAUGAAGGGCCGUCAGAAGAAAAUAAAAGCAAUAAAGCUGAACUAACUAACAUUAUAGUUUCUAUAAGUAAGCUAGAUCCUAAUGUUAGUGAAUUUGAUCCAAGUACUAUAAAACAGGAGCAGAGUACUUUAAAUGUAUGGGACAGUAAAUAUAAUGAAGAGCCCCAUACUAAAAAUAAGCAGUUACCCUUAGAUGUUAAGAAACCUGUCCAGACUGAUAGCUGUGAUACUAAAGUAAGGGACAACCAAACUCACAUACCUUAUGGAUUGAAAGAAAUGAGAGAAAAACUGAAAACUAGGAUAACCAAAGCAUCUAACGUUAACUGUGUUAGACAAAAAAGAGACAGAAAUCUAGCCAUUAAUACACUCGUGAAACUGUACAGCAAGCGAGCAGUGGAAGAAACUAAACCUAAUCUCAUAUCUCCUGAAUAUUUUAUAAAUAAUUCAGCAAAUAAAAUAACACGGACCAAUGAAGAGGCGGGGAAUAACUCGACUACUGAUCACCUCACCGAAGACACUUUAAACGCUUCUAUGGACACUGAAAUUAUUAGUAAAGAAAUUGCAGCUUCCGUCGAAAAAGUAACAAAAUGGCUCUGUAGUUCAGAAACAGAGACAUUGAGUGAAUGUAACGGCAUAGCUCUCAAAGAUACUAAUAGUACUGAAGAAAAACCAAUGACGAAAGCAACUAAAGUCCCAUUAAUACAUUUAGGUCCGGUCACGUUCAAGAGGAAAACCAACAACCGUCUUGCAAUUUCACCCGUUUCGUUGCUAUCGGAUACUAAGACGAACAAGUCGGAAACUUACAUUCCAUCGAAUUACGCCAACGAGCUCACCAAGAAAUACUCAGAACAGAGCCAACAAAGACAGUCGCAACCAGAUCUCUGGGCGAGCAUAGAAAAUAAACUGAAAGAAAAAGACGAAGAGCUGAAGAAGCAGCGGCGCGUACAGUAACGGCGGAGAAGUGAGAAGUAAUGAUUACAAUGAAACUUGCUUUAAUGAUGCUGCCAGCGUGCUACGAAUACUAUAACAUACAAACCAAAUAAGCGUGAGACGUGUAAAAUGAUGAACUUGGAAGAUUUUAUAUUAAAUACAUAUUUUUUUAAUA